ACGUUUGAUGAAUGAGAAAGCGCCAGAGUUGGUGUUUUCUUCCACUCUCUUAUCUUUUGCCUCUAAAGAAGUUUUUUUUGUUUGCAAGAAGUUUUCUGGCGUCCAGAAGUUCAGCAUCAGUCCAGCAAAGGUGGUGAGUUGACUCCUGAGGCUGCAGUGGAGGACCUUGUCCGGCCAAGAUGACUCAGUCUGUGCAGGUCAACUCAAAGCUGCCUGAUCUGGGUGCACCUUUUCUGUAUGGGUCCCAGGAGGAGAGCGACCAGGCUGGCUCCUACUCCGUCCAGACGCCAUAUGGCUUCCAGCUGGACUUGGACUUCCUCAAGUAUGUGGAGGAGAUCGAGAGUGGCCACAGCUUUAGGCGUACACCCGUGAGUGGCCGCCGUGGAGGGACGCGCACUGGGAAGCUCUCCCAGCGCAGCCCCGGGGUCGGAGGCCGUGCCAGCGGCUGGACAUCCACCGAGUCGCUGUCUUCCUCGGCCAGCGAUGACUGCAGCGGGCGUGUGCCACCGCCUCCUCCACCACGCAAUCGCAUCGGCUCGGCGCCCGGCGAGUCAUCGCACAUCCUCUCGCCCGUGUCGGUCCUCAGCCCGCCGCUGUCGGCUGGCGCCAAGGUGCCCCCGCCUCCCCCGACCCGCAACCCUCGCGUGGAGCGCACCCUCCUGGAGACCAGCCUGCGGCUCCAGCAGGAGCAGAGCCAGCUCCAGAACGGCACCAGGGUCCUUCAGCUCGCUGACCCUCCGAAGGGGGCCCUGAGAGAGGCGGGGUGGACAGGCUCCUCCAGCUCCCUGGGCUCCCAGACAGCAACACCAGCCUUACCACCGGCAUCCUCAUCAGCCCCAUCAUCGGACGGUGGUAUCCAGCAGAACCCCUUCUCCUCGGCCUCGCCGAGCCCCUGCCCUAGUGGCUGGCCGCGCGCCAGCCCUCACACCUCCGGCAGGAGCACCCCGGCCUCUGCAGCGGCCUCCGCCUCGGGCCCGGUGCCCCCCCUCCAGCUGCAGACGGUGCGGGAGCAGAUGGCGGCGGCUCUGCGGCAGCUCAAGGAGAUGGAGGAGCGCGUGAAGGGUGUCCCCGCGCUGGAGAGGGAGGUGGCCAAGCUGCGCGCCGAGAAGGACCAGCUGCUCCAGGCGCUCAAGAAGAAGGACGAGGCUCUGGCCGUCACAGCGGCCGACGCACAGACUGCUCCCGCCGAGCCCGGUGCCGGGACGGACCAAGGACUCCCGCCGCUCUCGCCGACUCACGGGCGGCCCUCCAAGGUGUCCGAGCUCCGCAAAGCCAUUGAGAAGGCAAGCAAGGAGGAGAUGAGCCGGCAGCCGACGCUGGAGAAAGCGGCGCCUGUUCCCGUACAGAUGGUGUCUGUGGCCGUGGGCAGUGAUCUGCCCCUGAGUGAGGGGGUGUUUUAUUACAGACAGGCCAUGAAAGAUGCAGCAGUGGACGCAAGGUGCGAGGUCACCGAGAAGGGUGUCGGGACGGCGCCACAGAGUACCACGCGCGACGAAGGUGUCCAGGCAGCACCAUCCACUGAGGAGGCGUCCGUCUGGGUGAUGGAGUCCCUACUGGGGCUGACCAGCGAGGCGGAGAGGGAGAUCGACACCCUGCAGGACACCGUCAAACUCCAGCAGGAGUCGGUGCGUGUGCUGGAGGAGCGGCUGGGCCAGGCUGACCAGGACCUGGAGGUGCUGCGCGCCCGCGAAAACGAGCGCCUCUCGCGGGUCACGCUGGAUCGAGGCGUCCAGGCGCAGGCGCAGACUGUCCACGCCGCCACUGACGCCCCACCUGCCGAGCCCCCGAAGACGCUGCUCAGUGUCGGGGUGAGCUGCCGUCCCGAGGUGGCCGAGGCAGGCGUGGGCAGGGAGGGAGCACCCGCACCGAUUCACCAGAGUGUUCAGACUGAGGAGGUGGAGGUGGUGGAGGUCAAGGAGGUGAAAGAGGAGGUGGCUAAGGUGGAGAUGGUGAGCACUGGGUGCCAGUGGGAGAGCCCAGAGGAGGAGAAGCGCAAGGAGGAACCCCAAAAGAGAAGACAAGUGGCCAUCGCUGAGGGCCUGGGCGUCAGCGAGGCAGAGAGGAGAGUGGCAGAGGAAGUGGACGCUGCGCCGGCUACUCCCAGCCCUGUGGGCACUCUGAAAUCUAUCAUGAAGAGGAAGGAUGGGAGUAGCUCGAGUGAGACCCGCAGCACAGGCAAGAAGAGCCUGCAGUUUGUGGGCAUUCUGAACGGAGGAUAUGAGUCAACAUCAAGUGAGGAGGAGGAUGAAGAUGAGGAUGAUGAGGAAGGGAGCUCAUCUGACGGGAGUGGAGAGGAGGAUUGCUCCAGCAGCGGGGAAGAGGAGGCCGCGCUUCAGGAGACCUCGGACGAGGAGAGGAACAUCAACUUGGAUGAGAGCGACAGUGAUGAGGGGCCGACCGGGUCGGGGGGACAGCAGGAGACGGUCAAGGAGAAGUUUGAACUGAGUAUGAAGAUGCGUGAAGCUUGUCUUAUUCUGAAAAAUCACCUCAAUGAUGAUGCCAAAGCCAUGAAAAGCAAAGAAGUGCUGUCCAGCACUCACACAGUGCAGCUGGAGUGGUUCAGAGUGUCCAGUGCGAAGACGGCUCAGCCCACGCGGGUCUCCAACUACAUCAUGGCCUUCUCUGAGGUGUCUCCUGUCCUGCUGGAGCAUGUGGUCAACAUGACUGAUGGCAACGGCAACACAGCCCUACACUACAGCGUCUCACACUCCAACUUCAGUGUGGUGGGCCUGUUGCUGGACACAGGUGUUUGCUGUGUAGAUCAGCAGAACAAAGCGGGCUACACUGCCAUCAUGUUGGCCGCGCUGUCUGCCGUAAAGGAGGAGGAUGACAUGGAGGUGGUGAAGAAGCUCUUCAGCCAGGGCAACGUGAAUGCCAAAGCCAGCCAGGCUGGUCAGACAGCGCUUAUGCUGGCGGUCAGCCACGGGCGGCAGGAGAUGGUGCACGCCCUGCUCGAGUGUGGCGCGAGUGUGAACGUGCAGGACGACGAGGGAUCCACUGCCCUCAUGUGCGCCAGUGAACACGGCCGGGCCGAGAUCGUCGCUCUGCUUCUGGACCAGGCAGACUGUGACAUUUCUGUGGUGGAUAACGAUGGCAGCAACGCGCUCUCCAUCGCCCUGGAGGCAUCCCAUAAUGACAUAGCAGUGCUGCUCUACGCCCACAUGAACUACUCCAAGACCCAAGCAGCUGGGGUGAACAAAGCCAACAGAAGCCCAACUAGUCCACAGAAACCCUGGCCUGCAGAAUAAUGGCCUGUGAUGCUGAAGACUGAAGAUAACUGGACUCUGGCUUGUUUAGUACAGGCCUGCUCGACUGGAAAACUGUCACUGUCUAUAAAAUACAUAUAAAUAUAUAUAUAUUUAUACUAUGAUGUGUAUCUAUGCACUACAACCUGAAAAGAAUAUCAGCUAUUAACUGUUGUAAGAGUAUUCACUACUAACCAUAACUGUGUGCUGAUACUAAAGUCAUUCUCUUGUCCGAUGUGGUCAAUCUGAUCAAGCUCGGAUUUGCGUUUUGUUCUUGUUGUUACACUCCUUUCAUACCAAAAACAAAAGUAAUGCAACUGCACUAACUUCUUAUGCAAUAUAUGGCAUUGUCUUUAUUUUAUGUAAAAAUAAACAUUUAUUUACGUAUG